GCUUAAUAAAGUCAAAACCAUCCUCGCACGUCUUAUACACCACUUUCACUCCAAUCCCAAAUCACAAUUCCGAGGAGAAAAAACUGAAAAUUCGUCGGCCGGAGAUGGGAAGGAUAGCCGGAGCCGGAGCCGGAGUGAAGUGCUCGAAAGUGUUCACUUUGGUAGCGAUUUUGGUAUUCAGUUUCGUCGGAAACCUAACGGCGUUAUCGGUGACGGUAAACGACGAGGAAUGCAUUUACGAAUACGUGCUGAAUGAAGGCGAUACAAUUUCGGGAAACUUCGUCGUUGUAGAUCAUGAAAUUUUCUGGAGCUCUGACCAUCCCGGCAUUGAUUUCACUGUGACAUCGCCUGCAGGAAAUGUCGUGCAUACCAUGAAGGGAACAGCAGAGGAUAAAUUUGAGCUCAAAGCCCCAAGGAGUGGGAUGUUCAAGUUCUGUUUUCACAAUCCACAUUCAACGCCAGAAACAGUCUCGUUCUACAUACAUGUUGGACACAUUCCCAAUGAACAUGACCUAGCCAAAGAUGAACAUUUGGAUCCCAUCAAUGUCAAAAUUGCUGAACUAGGGGAGGCAUUGGAGUCAGUUACAGCAGAGCAGAAAUACUUGAGAGCACGUGAUGCUCGUCAUCGUCAUACUAAUGAGAGCACAAGCAAGCGUGUUUUAUUUUACACCGUCGCAGAGUAUGUUCUACUUAUAUUAGCAAGUGGACUGCAAGUUCUGUACAUUCGAAGCCUGUUCAGUAAAUCCAUCGGUUAUAAUCGGGUCUGAUAAAUUUUAUGAAGCUCCGCGGCCUUUUUCCGCUCCGUCCUACAGGAACUUAAGUAGCCUUGUAAGCAGUUGCAAUUGAAAGAAAUGUAUCAUUCUGGUAAACUAAUUUUGAGUUAUUUCAAAAGAUUCACUUCGGCAUUCGUACAGAUCAAGUUUCUUAAUGUGAUUGAUGUACUUAAUUGUAGUAGUAGUUUGGAGUUUGGAUGAAAUGUCUAACAUUGGUUUAUGUUC